UGCCGUCUCAUGAUACAAUUGUCUCCCCUGCUUAGACGGCCCCGGAAGGUAUCACACUUGAGCGUAAAUAUUGAAUAUUCAUGAAUAUAUUAUACCGACAUUUGUGGAUUUACAAGUCUACACUUUUAUUUUGUAACACUUUUUAUAUAGAUCGAAGGACAUUUAAGACUCCGUGGAGCAAUUGUCGCCUCGCUCUAUUUCUUAGCUCAGUGUGUGACUAUAAAUCAGUAUCGAUAGACCCUAUUGAUCCAUAGAUUGCGAUUUUCACGCCUUUUGCGUGUAAAUUAAUUGUUUAAAGUACUUAUUCAGUGACAGGUGACAGUUUAGUAUUUUUAAUUCCUGGAUUCAUCUGGACCGUAUGAGGGUGAGAUAAAUACAAAAAAAUGGAGCUUGCCGUGGAAACUCAUAAUGGAAUUAGUCAUCCCGAUAAGAAAACUGUCGGUACGCUUGUCUUCUACGUCAAUGGAAGAGAGGUGGUUGACCACAAGGUAGAUCCAGAAUGGACAUUACUUUACUAUCUUCGCAACAAACUACACUUAUGUGGUACAAAGCUCGGAUGUGCAGAAGGUGGUUGCGGUGCGUGCACCAUUAUGGUCUCCAAGUGCGACCGAAAAACUGGAAAAAUAAGUCACUUGGCAGUGAAUGCAUGUCUGAUGCCGGUUUGCGCAAUGCACGGACUCGCGGUAACAACGGUCGAAGGAAUAGGAAGCACAAGAACAAAGCUUCAUCCUGUUCAAGAAAGGAUAGCAAAAUCUCACGGGUCCCAAUGUGGCUUUUGCACCCCCGGAAUCGUAAUGUCAAUGUAUGCACUGCUUCGGAGCAUACCGAAUCCUACGAUGGAAAAUUUGGAGGUCGCUUUUCAAGGAAAUUUGUGCAGAUGCACGGGAUACCGGCCAAUUAUAGAAGGGUUCAAGACGUUCACCGAGGAAUGGGAACAAUCCCAAGUUUCAUCCAGAUUAGCCAGUGAAAACGGCUGUGGAAAUGCAAAGACCUGUGGAUUAGGCAACGCAUGUUGCAAAAAUGCUUACGGGUCGGAGAAAAUGAUAUCAUUGAGUUCUGAGAUGUCUAAACGGAGAACAAAUGGAGAUAUAUUCAAUGACGUAGAGGCGGCUGGAUUGGGUAAUAAUUGUUGCAAAAAAGAUUUUACAUCGAUUACUACAUCGACAGGUCCUAACGAAUCUAAACCUGUACCGAGUGGAAUAGUCUGCAAUGAUGUAAAAAAUGGUGGAUUAGCUGACGCUCGUUCUAAAAAUGAUUUUGCAGCAGAGAAACAUACGAAUUUACUGAAUUCCAAGGAAUCCAAACCGAUUCGAAAUGGACAUACUCCUGAGGAUUCCAAAACGAAACGUGGAUCAAGCGAAAUCAUUAAAAAAGUGUUUACAUCGGAACCAGAUGAAGUGUUUAAUCCAAAUGAAUUUCGCCCAUACGAUCCAUCCCAAGAACCAAUCUUUCCUCCAAAACUAAGUAUUUCUUCUGAAUUAGAUGAGCAAUAUCUCGAAUUUAAAGGAAAGAAUGUCACUUGGUACAGACCUAUCGACAUGUACGACUUGCUUGUUCUUAAACAUCGCUACAAUGACGCGAAGAUCAUAGUUGGUAAUACCGAAGUUGGAGUGGAGGUGAAGUUCAAACAUUUCCAAUACCCUGUAUUGAUACAACCAACGCAAGUAAAGGAAUUGGGUGAAAUUACCGAAACCUCGAAUAAACUAAUUGUGGGAGCUGGUGUUACUUUAGUGGAAAUGGAGGAAGCGCUCAGAAUCCAAAUGAAAACGAAACCUCAAUUUAGAACGAAGAUCUUCGCAGAAAUUGUAAACAUGCUACACUGGUUUGCCGGAAAGCAAGUGCGAAAUGUUGCGGCUGUCGGUGGGAAUAUAAUGACUGGGAGUCCCAUAUCAGAUUUAAAUCCUAUUUUCAUGGCAGCCGGUGUUACGUUAAAUUUACUCAGUCUAACUAGAGGGAACCGAUCAGUACCGAUGGAUCAUACAUUCUUCGUGGGUUAUCGAAGAAACGUUGUCUUACCAGAUGAAAUAUUAGUAUCCAUCGAAAUUCCGUUCACCGUCGAGGGCCAAUAUUUCGUUGCAUACAAGCAAGCUAAAAGGCGAGACGACGACAUUGCGAUUGUAAAUUUAGCUUUGAACGUAUUUCUCAAACCCAAAACCAAUACUGUUCAAGAUGUACACAUGGCAUUUGGUGGGAUGGCUCCCGUUACCACUUUGGCAAGAAAAACUUGCCAGACCAUUAUUGGAAAAAAAUGGGACUACAGUCUUUUGGAAUUGGUGUACGACUCCUUAUUAAAGGAACUUCCCCUGUCCGGUGAUGCACCUGGAGGCAUGGUUCUAUAUCGACGUUUGCUUACUCACAGUCUAUUCUUCAAAGGUUUCAUUCGUAUCACGAAACAACUAUUGAACGACGUUCCUGGAAUUAUUUCUCUACCGAAGAAGUUAGAAACUGCAGGCGAAGGUUUCCAUUACAAGCCUCCAAAAAGUUCGCAAUACUUUCAAGUGGUUUCAAAGGAUCAGGAUCCUAAAGAUUUGAUCGGUAGAACAAUGAUUCAUGCGAGCGCCUAUAAGCAAGCCACCGGUGAAGCAGUAUAUUGCGACGACAUACCGCACGUCGUCGGUGAAUUAUAUCUAGCUUUAGUUUUAUCCACGAGAGCACAUGCCAAGAUUGUAAAAGUCGAUCCGUCGAAAGCAUUGACUCUCGAAGGAGUUGUAGCAUUUUUCGACGCGAAGGAUGUCCCCAAGCAUACGAUUAUGAUCGGUCCCGAGGUCCACGACGAGCCUGUAUUUUACUCAGAUAAGGUCACCAGCCACGGGCAAAACAUCGGAGCCAUUGUAGCAGUGGACCAAGCUACCGCCCAAAAAGCGGCAAGAAUGGUCCAGGUUGAAUAUGAAGAUUUAUCCCCUACUAUCAUUACCAUAGAGGACGCCAUUAAGGAGAACUCCUUCUUUGGAUCUCCUCUGCGAAUCUCCAAAGGAGAUGCAGAAAAGGCAUUUAAAGAAUGCGAUCAUGUAAUAGAAGGAGAAGCGCGAACAGGUGGACAGGAACAUUUCUACUUGGAGACUCAAGCUUCCAUCGCCAUUCCGAAGGAGGAGGAUGAAAUGGAAUUAUUUUGCUCGGCCCAACAUCCUACCGAUUUUCAAAGGAUGGUUGCACAUGUCCUCGACGUGCCGUUCAAUAGAAUUAAUAUCCGCGUUAAACGAUUAGGUGGAGCAUUCGGAGGAAAAGAAUCUCGUGGAAUGUUGAUUACGUUGCCAGUCGCGAUAGCUGCUCAUAGAUUGCGUCAACCAGUGCGGUGCAUGUUGGACAGAAACGAAGACAUGAUGAUCUCCGGCAACAGGCAUCCAUUUCUAUGCAAAUAUAAAGUAGGCUUCAACAAUGACGGCCGUAUUCAAGUUGUUGAGAUGUACAUUUACAACAAUGCAGGAUAUUCCCGGGAUCUUUCGCGAUCGGUGAUGGAACGUGCAAUACUUCAUUUUGAGAACUCAUACAAAGUACCCGUGUGCAACAUUUACGGUUACGUCUGCAAAACUAAUUUACCAUCAAACACCGGAUUCCGAGGUUUUGGCGCACCACAAGCAAUGUUUGCUGCUGAAAACAUCAUCCACGAUAUUGCUGAUUACCUCAACAUGGACGUAAUCAAGUUAGCCGAAUUAAAUUUGUACCAAGAGGGCGAUAUUACCUAUUACAAUCAAAAGCUCGAGUAUUGUACUCUGGGUCGUUGUUGGAAAGAAUGUCUUCUUUCCUCUAAUUACGAAGAAAGAGCGGCCAACAUUCGCCGCUUCAAUAAGGAGCAUAAAUACAGAAAAAGAGGCAUUGCUGUUACGCCAACAAAAUUUGGUAUUUCGUUCACCGCAGCAUUCUUAAAUCAAGCUGGAGCACUCGUUCACGUGUACACUGAUGGUUCUGUGUUAAUUAGCCACGGGGGUACCGAAAUGGGACAAGGCCUACAUACAAAGAUGAUUCAAGUCGCAAGCAGGGUCUUGAAAGUGGAUCCAAAGAAGAUCCAUAUUUGCGAAACGGCAACCGACAAAGUCCCAAAUACAUCAGCAACAGCUGCGAGUGUUGGGUCUGACAUGAACGGCAUGGCUAUUAUGAACGCGUGUACCACGAUUAUGGCUCGCCUGAAGAACAUCAUCGAUAGCAACCCUACCGGAACUUGGGAAGAAUGGAUCUCGAAAGCAUAUUUCGAAAGAAUUAGUCUUUCCGCUACUGGAUACUUCCGAACUCCAAAUAUAGGAUAUUCAUUGGAGAGUAACUCGGGGAAUCCGUUCAGUUACUUCACGUUUGGAGUGGCGUGUACGGAGGUGGAGAUCGAUUGCCUAACUGGAGAUCAUGAGGUCUUGAGAACGGACAUUGUCAUGGAUUUGGGAGAAAGUCUGAAUCCUGCCCUAGACAUUGGACAAGUAGAGGGAGGCUUCAUUCAAGGAUACGGACUUUUUACUCUGGAAGAAUUAAUAUACUCGCCAACUGGGAUUCUUUAUAGCCGUGGCCCUGGGACAUAUAAAUUGCCUGGUUUCGCGGACAUACCUCGGGAAUUUAAUGUCUCACUUUUGAAAGGAGCUCCUAAUCCAAGAGCUGUCUAUUCAUCAAAGGCUGUCGGUGAACCGCCACUCUUUUUAGCUUCCUCUGCUUUCUUUGCCAUAAAACAAGCCAUUAAAGCUGCUCGCGAGGAAAUGAAUAUUGCGAAAAACUUUAGAUUAGAUGCACCAGCAACAGCAGCUCGUAUUCGUAUGGCAUGUGUUGAUGAUUUGACCCUAAAGAUUGGCGAAGGAGAUGGAAAGAAACCGUGGAAUGUUGUGCCGUAAUUUUGGGAUAGGCAAUCUUGAGCAUAUUAUGUGCAAAACAAUGCAAAUAUUUCGAUAUUUAUACAUUUAAGAAUUUAUUACUGG